AGCGUCUGACUCAGUCUACAUCCGACGUUCGCGCGCGUCGUGACGCGAGCUGAUCGCGCUCGCAGAACCGGAGUCUUCGGCCGCGGCAAUCGAAACGAGAACGUGCAAGAAACGCACUCGACAGCGGUAAUACGUGCGAAUUGCAGUCUUAUCGGACUUGACGGACAUCUUGCGCGAGAAAUUCGUGAGAAAUCUGUCGGAUCAAGACGCGAGAUUAAUCGCCAAUUUUUUUCCCCCUUCGUCGUCGGACUUGAGAGAAUCGAAAGUGAAGUAAGAGAAUAAAUCUCGAGGGACGGACGCGAUCGACGAAACGAAAAAAAAAAAAUAAAAUUCAUAUCGGGAGAAGAGUGCGGUUAUAAAAACAAGACGCGCGAAGUGAUCCUCGAAAACGGGGGAGGGCGAUAUAUCGAAUAUCGCGCGACGACGAGAGCAUGACGUAGCAGCGAGAGUAAGAAUAUAUAUAUAUAUAUAUAUAUAUAUCGCGAGAUAAAAACCUCGGCGCGCCGAAUUUUGUUCUCGCGAAAGGAACCGCCGAAAUAAAAAUUGGCCGAAUUCUCCGAUGACAGGCUAAUAUGCCAUUAAUCGGUUUGCGAAGCACGGGGAUGUUUAUGAAAGGGAGCAGGAGAGGGAACGUCGAGUGCAGGAAACUAGUAGACCAGUGUUGGACUUGCAGCGGCAACUUCACGACACUUCUUGCGACAGGUGUAAGUUAUUAACGGCGCUGUCUUCUACCUCGCGCAGCGAUAAUAACUCGGUACGAUUGUCAUUAUAUCCCGAGCAAGUGCGCGUAGUUUCGUUCACAUCCCGAUCUAAAGAGACAUACAUUUUACGUGCGCGAGUAUCGUCUUCGCGAAUUCACUCCGCGGCCUGAAAAUAGCCGGAGGAAAGAAAGAGGUACGUUUUUCUCUCUCUGUUAUCUCUCUCUCUCGUGGUUUAUUAUUUCGUUUCUGUGCACUUUAUUAAAGAACAACGGAAGAAACCCGCCGCGCAUCUCGACGGAUAUACGACGAGGAGAGUCGCUCUCGUUUUUCCCCAGAAAGAUUGUAUCGGAAAAUCGAAUCGCGCGAGUGUAUAUAGAAAUAUAUAUAUAUAUAUACACACACAUAUAUAUAUGUGUGUGUGCAUGGGUGGUGCGUGCGCUCGCGUGCGAGAGAGCUUGUGUCGGUGAGAGCGGGUCAGUGAACGAUUGCGCGCCGCCGCCGUCGUCGUCGCGAGAGCAACGCGAGAAGGAGAAGAGGAGAGUAUCUUUCUUUCUCUCUCUCUUUCCCUCCUCUCGGACGCACGUAUAUAUGCACACGUGCGAAAGCGAGGAGAGAAACGUGAAACGCGCGCGUGCGCCGGCUCGUGUGUAUUCCUCGGCGCCCUAUCGCACAUACACAUACAUACAUAAACACACAUACGUGGAACCUCCUCGCGCCGGACGUCGCGAGUGCGCGCUCGCGCGCGAUAUAUAGAACCUUACAGGUGCGCGAGUAUGCGCGGACACGCGCGCGCGCGAUAGAGACGACAGAGGAGCAGAGGAAGAAGAAGGAGAAGGAAUCGGAGAGGAAAAGGGUAGAGUAGGAGGUAGAGGGCACACCGGAGGUGGAGGCAGAGGAAGAAGAAGAGAAGAAGCCAGUGACACCGGGAGGGUCGGUUGUUCCUGGUGUGUAAAACGGCCACCGGGAUACACUUAUAUAUCUGUGUGAGUGAACGCGCCGAGGAACCGCGUGUGUCGGAAGAAGAUCCGCGGAUAUAAGGUUCUCUCUCUCUCGCGCCCACGAGGGAAAAGAAAAAAAAAUACAAGGGGAAAACAAAAGUUCGGGCGAAAAGAAAUGCGGGUUCGUUGACUGCGCCGUCGUCGCGCGAUGGCCGCAUGCUCGUGCCCGGUGCUGCUGGUGUAUUAUAGUGUGACAGGAGCGACGACGACGACGACGACGACGACGACGAUCAGGGCGCGACCGGCGGUGUUCGUGACGACGACGACCUCGACGACAGAGGAGAUGCCGGCUGCUCCGAGUUGCUCGCACGUCAAGUCGACGAAGAGCCAAGUCGAGGAGCAGUGAAUCUACGCGAGUCUCGUCCGGCUCGUCUAUUCGACGUCUCAUCUUAUCUCGUCGUCAUCAUCAUUAUCAUCAUCACCGACAUCGGCGGACUGCGGGGUCGAUGAGAUUUACAAGAAGAAGUGUCCAUCCAGAAGAAACGAAGAGAGAUAUCGAUUCUUGAAGAAAAAUUGAGAAAAAUAUUUCUUGAUCUAUGUGCGAAACUUUGCAAUCCGUAUUCUUUCGCGCGUAUUUGUUCUUUCAAAAGUCGACAAACUAUCACACUGCUCCUUUAAUAUAUCCACGGAAUCCAACGCGUGCAGUGUAACACAUUGUACAACGGGCUUAAAGUUCUGAUCUCCAAAGACCGAUUGGUUCUGUCAGAGACAUCGCAAGAGCUUUCUCGAUUCCACCGAGAAAAGAGGCUUUUCUCAAGAAGAUUAUCACGAUUCGACGAGACGAUUGCGUGGACGUUCACUGUGUCCAGAAUCCCGUGAUCCAUGCUCCUCGAUCAAACUCAGUCGUCGCGCUUUUAGAUCGAUCGACUCUGCUGGAAGAAACAUCACGAGGAAUUGCACACCUCAUAGUCGUCCUUCGUAGACUCCGUAAGAUCGAGCUGCGAUAACCAGCACAAUCAAGAUUCGAUCACGAUCGCUGAAUCAUCCACCUUCUGGAUUCCGCUCGGUAUCUGCGUUCUUUCCCGAGAAGAGAGACUUCACGAUCGUUCAUUCGCCGCGUGAGAUCGUUAUCGGCCACGGGUUUCGGGUAAAUCGCUCUAUUACCGUAUUACGCGAUAUACUGCACAACGUCUGCUAACGUCGGCGUCGAGUGCGCGUUUUUUUUGCCGAAACUAGCGGACUCGUUUCGAUCGUCGAUGAACGUGAUUCGGUGCCGGGAAAGUGAGGCUCUAAUUAACUCGUGUGUGGCGGCCACGUUGUCUACGUGCCACAUUGCCUGAGCGGCGGAUCGUCCAUUUAGGAGACCGAACCGAAGAGGCGGCCAGCUGUUAAUCGGCAGCCACCGCGGUGGACAUGAUUAUUUCAAAGGAUCUCUUCCUCCUUGGCGACCAGGAUUAUCUGCGCCUUCCCGUUAACGAGAAGCGCCAGCAACGGGCAAUGGGCCGGCCGAUCAUCAAUGCUCCCAGAGUGGAAAGCUCAGCGCUGCAGUUGGUGUGCCCGCUGGAUUCUCGUCCGGUGCAGCUAAUCUUCCGAGGAUUGCAGGUGGUCAAGGAGAAACGAGCUCUCCUUCGAGAUGUUUCGGGAGUCGUCAAGCCAGGCGAAUUAUUGGCCGUUAUGGGCCCUUCAGGCUGUGGUAAAACAACACUGCUGAACUGUUUGUCCGGCCGUGUUGGCUUGGACGGCGGUGAGAUUUGGCUGAAUCGCGAGAGGCUCACCAAACGAUGGCGCAGGAGAAUCUGCUAUGUACAACAGCAGGACGUCUUUUUUCCCGAUCUCACCUUACGACAGACACUCGAAUACCAGGCGAGGCUGAGGCUUCCGGACACGCUCUCACACUCGCAGAAGAUGCAGUGCGUGGACCAUAUCAUCGAGGUCCUCGACCUCGCGGCCUGCCAAGACACCAUUAUUGGAGAUUAUACGAAACGGGGACUUUCGGGUGGCGAAAAGAAGAGGACGAGUAUAGCCUGCGAAUUACUCACAAAUCCAUCGUUAAUGCUACUUGACGAACCCACGAGCGGACUCGACUCGCACUCGGCCCAGGCAUUGAUCUCGCGGUUAAAGAAGUUUGCCGAGCAGGAGGGUAAGAGCAUCGUGGUGACGGUACACCAACCUAGUUCCAGAAUGUUCCACAGUUUCAGUAAGCUUCUCCUACUGAGUCGUGGUCAGGUAGCAUACUACGGUUCGACGGCGAAUAUCAGCAGAUUCUUCUCUACGAUAGGGCUUACAUUACUGGCGCAUUACAACCCCGCAGACUUUAUUCUGGAACAAAUAAAGGGGCCGGAGGAAGUUCGAGAGCGCAUCGUUGCCGCAGCGAGAGCUGCAAGACAGGGACCUGACUGCCCACCGGAACUUCGUCCGGAGUAUAAUCCCAGCCAACAUCCGCUCAGCGACCAUCUCAUCCAUUAUCACGAGCACCUCAGCCACAACGUGAAGGAAGACGAGAGCCGUACGUUGUGGUUGGAUACACAAAGCCACGCCAGCAGCAACGCGAGUUCUGCUGAUGACGACUAUUCCUGGCAAUGGCCCACCAGCUUCUGGUCGCAGUUCAAAGUAUUAUCGCAAAGAAAUUUUCAAGAAGCACGACCGCGGAUGUUGUCGCGUUUGAACUGGUUACAAACGGUGGCCCUAGGAUUACUAGCCGGGCUUUUGUGGCUGGGACUUCCCAGAACUGAAGCAGCUCUUCACGAUAUUCAAGGCUGGAUGUUCUUCAGUACCACGUACUGGAUGCUUUUUGCACAUUUUGGAGCACUCUCUAGCUUUCCCCCGGAGCGCGAGGUGAUCAACAAGGAGCGCCUGUCAGGAUCCUAUCGGCUCUCGGCCUAUUACCUAGCUAAGAUGGUCGGCGAGCUGCCGCUGACGAUAACGCUGCCCGCAGUCUACCAUGUAAUUAGUUACCCGAUGUUGGGCUUCCACAAUCUGGCGGUCUGCGCCAUGUUGCUCCUGUUCUUGCUGCUCAACACCGUGGUCGCGCAGAGCGUUGGGUUCUUCGUGGGCGCUUGCUGCCUAGAUCUGCAGGUGAGCAUCACCGCGUCCGCGCUCUAUACCCUGGCGACGCAACUUUUGGGUGGCUAUUUAGCGACGUCGGUCCCACCGUGGCUAGCGUGGGCCAGAUACGUCAGCAUGGUGCACUACGCCUAUCAGAAUAUGCAGAUUCUGGAGUUCGACGUCGGCGAACCCAUCGCAUGUGCGCAGCCAAGUAAAUUCGUCGAGUGCAAAAACAGUACGACGAUACCACUAUCCGCGAUUCUGGAGAGUCAAGGCGGAGUCAGGGGCUCCGGUUACCUACCACUUUGGGCAAACACGGCGGUGCUCUUGGCGUUUCUGGUCGUUUUCCGAACCCUGGGCUAUCUCGUCCUACGUUACUACCGUGUACCAAAAUGAGCGUGUCGGGAGCCACGCAAGUAGCAAGCAAAUUCUCCACGCAACUUUCGCGAAUCUUCAGUUUUAUUAUUAUAAAAAAUAUAUAUAUAUAAAUAUAUAGUUGUAUACCGCGUGUCUCGCUUUUUAUCGGGAAAAUAACGCACGUUUCGACGUCGCCCUUCUUCUCCUCCUCCUCCCCCUCGGAAUUUUCUCGUCGAUCUGUCGAAUGUCUAUAGAACUUUUUCUAUCUGCCUCGUAAACUCGGAGGAGUGGUGCGAAUCUGUUAUCACGCAGACGUGCGAACAUUUUCAUUUUUCCCAAUGGACGCGUAUCAUGCAAAACGCGAGACUGCAAAAGAUUUGGUGAGAACUAUAUACAUAUAUAUGUAUACAUUAUGUUGUAUAUGUGAGACUCUUUACACCACAAUAAGAAGGGUGUGUAUGUGAUAUGAUAGAGAGAAAGAGACGUGCCAGCGCGUGCACACGCGCGUAAAUGUGGAAUAGCGUGAACGAACACCGGGAGUUAGUGUUCGUUGUUUGCGGCAAGAAGGGUAUAAUAGUAGGGAGAAAUUUCGGCGCGGUGCCGCGCCGCGAAACCGACUGAAAAUUUGUACGUUGGCGAUGAAUCUUUAUACAUAUACAUAGAGAUAUAUAGAUAUAUAAAU